UUUACUAAAAAGGUAGAGUCAGAUUAGAUUAUGUUAAGUUAAAAAAGCAUUGAAUCUUUUAAAUGUUUCCUUAUUUUCUGACAAAAAAGACAAAAGCCAAAUAAUCAAAACUAAAGAAAGUCAUUAAACUACAUAAUUAUCAUGUUAAAAAAAACGCAAGAUAAAAGAAAAAUAUAAGCAAAAGAAAUUGGUAAUAAAAAUAUAGACGAAAUUCAUAUCUAUAGUAGUAGCAAUAUAAUAACCUUUCAUGGUUUGAAAUGAACGAAGACAGUACGCAUAGUGCACUUGUGUAUGACUUUUGAGGUUAAGUUAAUGUUUUGAUAAUUAAUUUAUUUAUUAAAAGCAAGAUAUGACAACGAGUUACAUAUCGUGUGCCUGCAAUAGAGUUCCACAUUCGGUUGAUUGGGGAAAAAAUGGACUCAUUUGUUUUGCAGCAUGUCAUGCAGUUGCAAUUUAUAAUCCGUAUAUUUCAAAAAUUGGAAAAAUAACGCACACUCUUCACCGACACAAAGAUCGUAUUAAUACUGUACGAUGGCUUAAACGAAGAGAUGCGAAACCCGAAUCAGAGCUAUUAUCAAGCUCAGUAGAUGGAACAGCUAUUAUUUGGAGUAAAAGAAAUGAAUCAUUUAAAUGUAACUCUAUCAUAGGAGUUGAUGAUACUCUAAUCUUUUGCAACUCAUUAUACAUUUCUGAUCAUGACUCCCUAAAUGAGGAAACAUCUGCAAAAUUGAUAAUAUGUACUGGGUCUGUUAAAGGAGAUCUAAGAAUAUGGUUAAGAGAUAUGGAUGAUAAUGUAAAAUGUUUACAAACGCUUACAUUUGAUAAGAAAUUACCAAUAGAAGCUUGUUUUUCCUUCUUGCCAAAUAAGCAUUUACCACUUCUGGCUAUUGCAAUAGAAAAUUUUACAAUUGAAUUGUAUGUAACUAAUUGUAAUAUCAUAGAAGAAUCAUAUUUUGAAAAAGUUCAAGUUUUAGUUGGGCAUGAAGAUUGGGUACGAUGUAUGGACUUUAAUUGCGAUACAAAUCACAGUAUUUUGCUUGCAAGUGGAUCUCAAGAUGCCAUGAUACGAUUAUGGAAAAUUUCUGCAAAUAGUACAGAAUUUUCAAAUGAUGAGUUACAUCAAAAAGAACAAGUGUUUACGGCUAAUGGCAUAAAAUAUAAUAUUACUUUAGAAUCUAUCCUUUAUGGUCAUGAAGGAUGGGUUUAUGGCGUACAUUGGUAUCCGUUACAGCUUGAUAAUAAGAAUAGAAUUUUAAGAUUAUUAUCUUGCUCAUUAGAUAAAUCUAUGAUUAUAUGGGAGCCAGAUGAAGUAACUGGGAUUUGGUCUGAAAAAGUAAGAGUGGGUGAAGUUGGUGGCAAUUUAAUGGGUUUUUAUGGUUGUAAAUUUAGUGAUAAUGGAUUAAAUAUAUUAGCACACGGUUACCAAGGAUCAUUUCAUAUUUGGGAAUAUUCAAAUAUUGUAAAAAAUUGGAUUCCAAAGUCUAAACCAAGCGGUCACUUUAGUGAAGUGAUUGAUCUUUGCUGGGAUCCAAAUGGAAGGUUUCUAAUUACUGCAAGUACAGAUCAGACAACAAGAAUUCAUGCAGCUUGGAAAAAUGAAACAGAAUUUUGGCAUGAAAUUGGACGUCCACAAGUUCAUGGAUAUGAUAUGUCUUGUUUGGUUAUGCUAACCCCUUAUAUGUUUGCUUCAGGAGCAGAAGAAAAGGUUGUACGUAUAUUUACAGCACCAACAACAUUUAGGAACUGUUUAAUGAAGAUUGCCAAUGUUGAUGAUUUCAAAAAUAUGGUGGCUGAUAGUGCAUCAGUACCUGCUCUUGGACUAACAAAUAAGGCAACAUUUGAAGAUAAUAUCGCAAUUGAAGAUAUAGAAGUUAAUAAGUUUAGAAAUGAGGAUUAUACUCCUCCAACAGAAGAAGAGUUAAUGCAAAAUACACUAUGGCCAGAGUUACAAAAGCUUUAUGGCCAUGGAUAUGAAAUAUUCUCUAUAGCUGCCAGACAUGAUGGAUCAUUAUUGGCAACUGCAUGUAAAUCAACAUCACCAGAACAUUCUGCAAUAUUAUUGUGGAGUACAAAUACAUGGAUCCAAGUUCAGAAACUUAUGUCUCAUCAAUUAACUAUAACACAAAUGGAAUUUUCACCCAAUAACAAAUAUCUACUAUCUGUUUCCAGAGACAGAAGAUGGUCAUUGUUCGAAUGUAAAGACAAUAUGUAUACUUUAAUUGCAGCUAGUCUAAAAAAAGAUAGUCUUCAUACUCGUAUAAUAUGGUGUUGUUCAUGGACAUAUGAUUCAUCCUUCUUUGCAACAGGUUCCAGGGAUGGAAAAAUUGGGAUUUGGAAUCCAAACUUUACAGAUGAUAAAAUUGUUCCAAUUACAUCCUUGGAUGUAAAAGUUUCAGUUACAGCACUUGCAUUUUCAUUACAGAAGAUUUCUCAAGAUUUUUAUAUUUUAGCAAUAGGAUUUGAGACUGGAUGCAUAGAAAUACAGAAAUUAAAAAUGUUUUCUAAUAAUUUUGAAUGGGAAAAAUACAUAAUGUAUGAUACUUCUCAAGCACAUCACUUAACUGUUAGAAGGCUUAAAUUUCGGCCUCAAAAGGAAGAUUUUAAUAUUUUACAACUAGCAAGUUGUGGAUCUGAUCAUAUUAUUAAGAUAUAUGACAUAGAUAUUUUGAAAUGAAACAAUUUGUAAAAAAUAUUUGUUAUUUUUAUAUAUUAAAACCUGAAUUAUUUGAAUUAAACUAUUUACCUUGCUUAGUUUC